AUGAAUGACAUCGAAAUGGAGGACCCCACAGAAAGCGACGAUUUCUAUCUCAGUAGGGUCAUCGAUGCUCACAAAGCCGAUGUGAAAUGCAUAACGUCAACGUCAGCCGGGGUUCUCAUCUCCGGUGGACGAGACGAAAAUGUGAGGUUUUGGACUAAAAGAGGUGGAGAGUUCUCAGAAACCAUUUCGUUUCCCCAACCAAAAGGAUUAGCUGUGAACUCGAUAGGUUAUUAUGAAUCGACUGAUGGUUGGCGGUUAUUCGUCGGUCGGAAGGAUGGGUCCAUAGCCGUUUACGGCUCAGGAUCUAGUGAGCCUCUGACUGUACUAACACAGCACUCCUCAAAUGUGUGUUGCCUUUAUGUUGACGAGAAAAAUCACAUUCUCCUUAGCGGGUCGUGGGACAACAAUGUCAUAGUAUGGCCUAUCAAGGAACUUGGUGCUCCUGAAUAUCCGGCUCUGCUUCUUAAUGGGCAUAAAUUGUCUGUAUGGGCACUCGCGGCUAUUGAGUCCACUCCGGGUUAUUACCUCACAGGAAGUGCAGAUAAAACCAUCAAACUUUGGCGAGAUGAUAACGAAGUCAGGACGUAUACAGGCCACACUGACGUUGUUCGAGCUCUUCUUGUUGUCUCCGUCGAUCGAUUCCUCUCUGCUGGUAAUGACUCCACAGUACGUAUGUGGCAUACCGAAACCGGUGUUUGUCUUGCUACCUACACUUCCUUGGUCGAUACGUUUAUAUUCUGUCUUGCACUGGUAGAUAAUAAUGUUGUUUCGUGUAGCGAAGGUGGUCACGUCGAAGUUUGGAGACAGCUUUGUGUCGAAGACCAAUAUAGUUUGGUUCAUAAUCAGUUAGUGCAAUUACCGGCACUCACGGCUUGGGCGGUGAAAGGCCUUCCGAAUGGUGACUCAGAAGCUAAUCGGAAAGCGCCAGCUGCUGUUCUUAGUGCUUUUGAUGAUGCAGUGGCGGCAAAAAUAGCAAAGGAGCUCGAACGCAAAGAACAACAGCACACCAAAUAUGGACUGCGCUAUAAUAAUACUAAAGGAACUGAUCCAACCUUGGCUGCGGAAAAAUUCAUCCAGGAUUACAACCUACCGGCAUCGUAUUUAAAUGAAAUCACGGAUUAUAUCACGGCGCACAUUCCAGAAGCAGCCGCUGCUGCUAGGAAGAAGCAUAAACUGCAGCCUACACAACGGGUUACGGUGGAUGGGAAGGAAUAUGACUACGUUUUCGAUGUUACGGUGGAUGAUGGACGGAAACUUCGACUUCCGUUUAACAUGGAUGAGGAUCCAGAUGUUGCAGCGCAACGAUUUGUAGAAAAACAUAAUUUACCAAUAUCCUUCUUAGCAAAGGUAGCAGGUCUUUUGCGCUCUCAGACUGGUGCAUCUGCUUCAUCUAGUCAACCUUUCUAUGAUCCAUUUACAGGCAAGUCAAAUUCAGCAGUGUCCAUUGCAUUACGGAUUCUAAUCUGCUUGAAAAACAUUUUCGAUUUUCCAGGUAGCGGUCGAUAUGUUCCUGGCCAGUCGUCUGAAGCACCUUCGCCAGCCACGGUUGCGGAUCCGUUCACAGGAACUGGGCGAUACGUACCUGGAAACUUCGGGGAUGCCCCAGCUCCAGCUGGCGGGGAUCCAUAUACGAGUACUGGAGGGUACAAACCAGGAUCUGUAUCGGGCGAUUUGAUACCUAAUGCCUGCCUUCCACAAGAUAAGAAGAAACCUCGUGGGGAAUUGGUGCCCAUGUCGCAUUAUUAUCGAUUCGGUGUUGAACAACUAAGCACAAAAGCUCACGCGAAACUCGUCGAGCUCAACGAAAAUCAGCCGGUAUUGAGGUUGAGCGAUGUCCAGGUUUCUGCUAUUAAACAAUUAAUGUCGCCGGGUAAUCAUGCCAUUGAAUACGACGUCAUAGCGGCUGCGCUCGAUGUCGGCUUGCAAUGGGCUAUGUGUGAUUUGGUUCCGAUUCUCGACGCUUUCCGUGUUGCACUUCUGCAUGAACGGCUUAACACUUUCUUCUGUGAUAUGAAGGGCAGAGGCGAAAGUACGCAACAACGACUAUGCGCACUUCUGUUGAGCGAAGCUCCAGACGCCGUGUGUAUUCUCGUCUGCCGAUCAUUAGCAAAUGCCUUCAUCCAUCCAUGCGGUCGUGAGAUGCUUUGCCAUGACUUUCAAAACCUGUUCGCUGUAGUAGUCAACCAGUUAAAGAGCAAUAAAGCAGCUCUUCAACUAGCUGCUGCUUCUACACUAGCUAACUGGAGUUUAUUGCUGUUGAACCGUUCAGAAACUGUUGCUGAGUUGGGACCAAGAGAAGACGCGAUUCGGGGAAUAGUAAAGGUUUGCGAAAAGAUUGACUCAUUUGGCUACCUCAGUCGUGACAGUAUGAUUAGAUUACUACAAGCAAUUGUUACAUUUAUGUGGGGCGACACAUCAGUUAUUAGUCUCGCAAAGUCGAGGAAUAUGCUGCAGAUCGUGAGCAGAAUGAAAGACGCAGUUGUGGAUGAACAAGGCAAAAAUAUUGCUCGAGAUAUCGCUGAAAUGAUCUACGCUAUCUAG